UCCUCCCCACACGAACUCUCGCAUAAGCCAAGAAACGUUCUCCCCGGAGCUCGCUGGUUACCAACACGCCCGUAGCCAUGGUGCACGCCGACGAAACCACACACAUCCUCCUCGUACCGUACCCGGCCCAGGGCCACCUCAACCCGAUCCUCCAGUUCGGCAAGCGGCUCGCCGGCCACGGCGGCGUCCGGUGCACCGUCGCGGCGACCCGGUUCGUCGUCGGCUCCACCAAGCCGUCCCCGGGCUCGGUGCACGUCGCCGUAUUCUCCGACGGCUGCGACACCGGGGGGGCCGCUGAGCUGGGCGGGCACAAGGGCCCCUACUUCGAGCAGCUGGAGGCGGCCGGGUCCGAGGCGCUGGACGAGCUCCUCCGGUCCGAGGCGGCGAGUGGCCGCCCAGUGCGCGUGGUGGUGUACGACACGUUCAUGCCGUGGGUGGCGCCCCUGGCGCGGCGGCACGGGGCGGCGUGCGCGGCGGUGCUCACCCAGACGUGCGCCGUGGACAUCGUGUACACGCACGCGCGGGCCGGGCGCGUGCCGGUGCCGGUGCGCAAGGGGGACUCCCCACUCGACCUCCCUGGGCUGUCGUCCCGGCUCGGCGCCGGCGACGUGCCGACGUUCCUGACCGAUAGCGACGCGCACCACCCGUCCCUCCGCGAUCUGCUGAUGAACCAGUUCACCGGGCUCGACGCCGUGGAUCACGUGUUCGUCAAUUCUUUCUUCGACUUGGAGCCUCAGGAAGCGGAGUACCUGGCGUCGACGCUGGGGGCCAGGACGAUCGGGCCGACGGUGCCGUCGGCGUACCUGGACAACCGCCUGCCCGACGACGCGUCCUACGGCUUCCACCUGCACACCCCGAUGACGGCCGUGACCAAGGCGUGGCUGGACGCGCGCCCGCCCCGCUCCGCCGUGUACGCCUCCUUCGGCAGCAUCGUGGCGCCGGGGCCAGACCAGAUGGCCGAGGUCGCCGAGGGCCUCCGCAACGCCGGCAGCCCAUUCCUGUGGGUGGUGCGCGCCACAGAGACCGCCAAGCUGCCCGAGGGCUUCGCGGCGAGGGCGGCGGCGCGGGGGGACCUGAUCGUGCCGUGGUGCCCGCAGCUGGAGGUGCUGGCGCACGGCGCCGUGGGGUGCUUCGUGACGCACUGCGGGUGGAACUCCACCGUGGAGGCGCUGAGCGCCGGCGUGCCAAUGGUGGCCGUGCCGCAGUGGUCGGACCAGCCGACCAACGCCAAGUACAUCGAGGACGUGUGGCGCGUCGGCGUGCGCGCGCGGCCGGACGCCGGCGGGCUGGUGAGGAAGCGGGAGGUGGAGAGGUGCGUCAAGGACGUGAUGGGCGGCAAGGAGUACCGGAGGAGGGCGUCGGAGUGGAGGGAGAAGGCCAAGGCGGCCGUGAGCGAGGGGGGCAGCUCCGACCGCAACAUCGCCGACUUCCUAUCGAAAUAUCGCGUGGCAAAAUGACGUCGAGAGCUCGGGGCCGCUGCGGUCGGUGUCCGUGUGGUGAAGGAGGACGCAAAAGUGGAGCUGCAACGGGGCGCAAAGCUGGAUCGAGUCGCCAGUGAUCUAUUUCAGUCAAGACGAGGAUGGGCGACUUGGGUGCCAAGACUGGAG